AUAACUGACCUUUGCUCAGUUGGUUUUGCAAUAUAAGCAAUACUCGAAUAAUACCGAUCGAAAAAAUAACGAUUAUAAGAUUCAUUAAAUCAUACGAAUACGAGUACUACGGUGUGUUGUGCAACUCGAGAUAAAAUAUGCGUCGAGCUAUGAUUAACUGUAAUCAGGUUCAGACCGAGGUGAUAUCAGAAGGCCGUUGGAUAGAGGAAGAUCCGCUACCACAUUCCAGUAAGAAUAUAGUCCUCGUCAUUACCGGGAACCCAGGUGUUCCACGAUUUUACGAGGGCUUUAUCAAAACACUCAAGUCGAGAUUAACGUCGUCGGACACACCUGUGUGGGUUGUCGGACAUGCUGGACAUGUUCAACCACCAGAGAAUCUGGAUAUCGCUAUGCCCAGCGAUCAGAAGUGGGCAGAGUGCUAUGGCCUGACAGCGCAAGUUCAACACAAGGCUGAAUUCAUAAAAAGAUACAUUCCGGAGAAUGCGCAUUUACAUCUCAUUGGACAUUCUAUAGGUGCCUGGUGUGUACUCAAUUUGCUGAAGGACAAUGACAUUGAUAAAAGGAUACGGAAGUGCUAUCUGUUGUUCCCUACGAUAGAGUACAUGGCAGACACUCCUAAUGGAAUAUUCUUUAAGAUUUUUGUAUCACGUACGGCACCUAUUUUGAUUUUCCUGUCUUGGAUCUUUACAACGAUGUUUCCAGUAACUCUACAAACAUUUAUGAUACGUACUUUCGGUUUGUUUUUUGGCAUCCCAGAUAGAUCCGUCAGGGCAGUUCGAGAAAUGCUGGAUCCGAGAACCUUGAGUAGAAUAAUUAAUCUUGCCAAGGAAGAGAUGAAAUAUGUCAAAGAAGCUGAUCAUGAAACUAUAUCAAAACAUGCUGAUAAACUCUGGUUGUAUUACGGUGCCAAUGACGGUUGGGCUCCGGUGAAAUAUUAUAAAGAUAUAGUAUCAAAACAUCCUGGCCUGAAUGCUCAAUUAUGUCAGCGUGGUUUUCAACAUUCGUUUGUAUUGAAAGAUGACGUGGACAUGGGACACAUCAUCAGCGAUCUCAUUAAUGAAGAUUCGGGACAUUGAUAGUUCAGUUAAUUAUAUUAAUUAUAUUUAGUUAAUUAUACUAAUUAUAUAUUUUACAAUUUGUAUUAUUUUUUUUUAUUUAUCAUUGAGAUUAUUUCUCUAUGCUUUAUUUG